UGUCAGGAAACGAGGCCAUGGCUAUCAGCUAGACUGGAAAUGUCGCCGUCAUUGCGCAGAUUGUUGAGUGUGAUCGGGUUUCAGCCCACCUUUCGCCCAUUUCAGCGGCCAGCCUGCGCUGCUCAACUAUCUUGGCUCAUUAUCCCCGGGCAUGUUCGCCAUGGUACUCUGUAUGGCGAUCAGCCGGGAAUCUUGGAUGGCAGAUUGGGCGUUCGUCUCUUGCUCGAUACAGCCUGACACUGUCCGGGAGAGAAGUUCCCCGGAAAGGCGCGGCGCCUCUUUCUGUCGAUCUCUGGAGCUCGUCUGUGGCAAUCACCAAGUCAUCAUCGCCGUCACCCUUCAACCUGUCAUUGUGUAGGGAAUGCGAUGCCUACGUUACUUUCGUACCAUGAUUUGGGACCGAGGCAGCAAUUACAUGUCAACGCAAGACGCUUGGAUAUGGUUCAGCUGCUCCGCGACCCCGUCAAAUCGUGCAAAGAUUCGGUGCGGGCGAGUUGGAUUUAUUCGGGCCGCCAACCGUGCCAAGCCAGCAGACAGCAAUGACCAAAAGUCACACAAUUCCUCGUCACGCCUGACAACUUGGACGUUCCAGGCCAUACUCUCAUCGAGAACUUCUCCUACGUCCUUGGCCUCCAUGGGCCUAGAUCGUGCAGACAACGAAGUCCGGAAGUCGGGAUGCACUGCAACACAGAGCCAGAACAUACACGCGGCAGCACACCUAGCCAGACUGUGGUGUGGGGGCGUCUCCGGACCAUCGCUCAUCCGUGGGCGUUGUAACCUCUUCACUGAAGCCGCUUCGCGAUCCUCAUGAGGUGGGACCUCUGCUAGCCCCGAGACAUCGUUGGCCAUCUUUGAUGUCUAACCAAUGCUGCACAUGCGUCCCGUUGGAGGGCGGAGGCUGGUGGUAUUCGCGAGAUGCGAUUGGCGGCAGCAGGCGACAGCAGGCGACAGAAGCAAGGCAAUGCAGAUGGCAGCUUUGAAGACAGAAUCUCUUGUCCU